GUCAUCUGGACACACAGCUGUGAAAAUGGAGGCUAACAUGUUGGACACAAGCAAGCCCUUAUCAUCAGAAGGCGAUAACUUGCUUCUGGACUCAGACCUGUAUGAUGCAGACGGCUUUGACACCCCAGACCCUGGGCUGCUAUCAGAAAAGAAUGAGCUGUGUUCCCUGGAGCAGUCACAGGUCCUGCAGCUUUUCACCAGCACCCAGCGGUGGCAAAACAUGCCCCUGUGUACCCGCGCCCACCAGCUGUGGCUGCUCAUUCGUACUGGCCUCCACAACGUUGUGGAAAAGGAAAAGAGAGCUGAGCUGCGCGUUGCUCGCUUGACACAUGGGCUGGAGCCACUGCGCCGCCUGGAGGUGCCAGCUGGGCUGCGAUCUGUGGCACAAGACCCAGUGGGAGGACAUUUCGUGGUGCUGGAUGGGGCAGGUUGCCUGCACCUGCAUAAAAAGGAUGGCUGGGCUCAGGAGACGCUGCUGGCCCCUGUGGCACUUACUGGUCUGGUAGCUGUGCUGGGUCCUCUAGGAGCGGUGGGUCGCUUUGUAGGCUGGGGCCCCACAGGGCUGGCCAUACUAAGGCCAGACCUCAGCCUGCUGUGGUUGAGCCAGCCCGAGGUGGGUAGGGUGCUAGGCCGUGAGCCCACUUGCUGCCUGCCGGUGCCCAACCUGGGGCUGCUGCUUGUGGCUGAGGUGGGCGGCAGCCUGGCUCUCUUUAAGUUCCGCUCAGGUGGUCGCCGCCUGGUGCUGCGUGGCUUACCCCUUCAGCCACCACCAGGCCUGGCGGGCACACUCAAGCGUCUGGCUCUGGGGCCAGGGUCUACCCACCAAGACACACACUGCUUCGCAGCCUACGGCUCAGCUGUGCUCACCUUCGAUCUACAAGCCUGGAAUCUCACAGAUGUGCGCCAAAAUCUGCACAAAACCACCAUCUCUGACCUGGCCUACUUCGAGGAGGCAAAGGCCAUGGUGACGUCUUCCCAAGACAGUACGGUGAAGGUGUGGGAGGUUAACUGGCAGAUCCGCAUGGUGUUCGUGGGUCACACAGGCCCGGUGACAGCAAUGGUCAUUCUCCCGAACACCACCCGAGUGUCUUCCGCCUCUCAGGAUGGAACGUUGCGAACGUGGGACCUGCAGGCGGCGGCGCAGGUGGGAGAGGUGGCGCUGUGCUCCUGGGGCCAGGACGUGCUGUCCGCGCGCGUGAGCCGCUUGCUGGCACCUGCGGCCCGGGGCUGGCCGGUGCUCUCACUGUGCGCGAGCAGCGUGGAGCUUUGGCGCCUGAGCGAGCUCUACUCGCCAUUGGCGCAGCUGCCCGCGCCGGUGCUCCACCUCCAGGUGGCGCCUGCGCUACCAGUGCCCGUGAACCCAUCUCUGCCCGUGCGCCUUGUAUGCGCUUGUGUGGAUGGCUCCGUCUACCUGGUGUCAGCUGCAACAGGGAGAACAGUGAGCGCACUGCUGCUCGAGGCCGAGGACUGCGCGGUUGCGGUGGCCUACUGUCUUCCGCGCGAGGCCCUGUGGCUGCUGACGCGCACAGGACACCUGGUGCGCGCCAACGCAGCAUGCUGCCCCAUGAGCGUGCUGCAUCGUGUGUGCCCGCCACCGCCCCCGGCGCCACAGCCCUGUUGCUUGCACUUGUACAGCCACCUCACAGACCCCGGUAGCGCGUUAGCCUGCUGGGAGAUCGUGCGCCAGAACGAGGGCGAUCUGCGCCGCAGCGCCAUGGCCUGGGCUUGGAAGAACAAGAACAGGUACCUGCCAGUGAUUGGGCAUACAGACGGCACACUCUCGGUGCUUGAUUGGCUCUCCUCGAAAACUGUGUUCCAUACAGAGGCGCACAGCCCAGGCCCUGUUACUGCCAUUGCGUCCACCUGGAACAGCAUCGUUUCUUCAGGUGGAGAUCUGACCGUGAAGAUGUGGCGUGUCUUCCCCUAUGCAGAGGAGAGCCUGAGCCUGCUGCGCACCUUCUCCUGCUGCCACCCGGUUGUGGUGCUUUGUGCUCUGGGUAAACGCAUCACUGUAGGCUUUGAGGACCCAAAUAGUGCCACCUAUGGCCUGGUGCAGUUUGGCUUGGGUGAGGGUCGUCGCUGUGACCACCGGCCUCAGGAUGAUCCCAUGGACCACAUCACUGGCUUGUGCUGCUGCCCCACACUCAAGCUGUAUGCCUGCUCCAGCCUGGACUGCACCAUCCGCAUCUGGACCUCCGACAACCGCCUUCUGCGGCUCCUGCAGCUGGACGGUUCCCCUCAGGCCCUGGCCUUCUCCAGCAACAGUGGAGACCUGGUGCUGGCAAUGGGUUCCCGGCUCUGCCUGGUCUCCCACAGGCUCUAUCUGCCCACAGCCUACCUAGUCAAGAACCUGUGCCAGAAGGCUCCUGACGUGGUGGAUGACCCUCCAUUGCCACUGACCAGCCACGAGUCACUGACCUCCAUCCAGAUGCAGAGGCUCACCAACCUGCGUGGGGCAUUCAGUCUCAGCCCAGCCUUGCUCUCCACCCGUCGCCAGACAGCAACACCUCAGCAGCUAGUGAUGAAGGAGGACUUGGAGGCCAUAAUGGCCCGUGACCAAGACCUUCAGGAGUUGAGGCUGGGACAGGUCAUCCCAGCAGCCCGGCCCCCACCCUCCUGGAAACAGCGCCAGGAAGCCUUUGACAAUUACCUACGUUUGAUCUAUGGCCCUGGACUACUGGACGUGCAGUUCAAAAGGGAGCCCCAGCAGGGGAGCGGCAUGACCCUCACCACAGAAAGAGAGCUCAGACAAGACAUGUGUACCCUGUCCAGAACUGCCUCCUGCUUUGGGCAGGCUACCAUCAGCAGUGAGGCCCAGACAGUACCCAAAGCCCUUCUCCAUCCCCAGACCCCGGGGGCCCCAGGCCUGUUUUGCCCAUCCCCCCAAGUGAUCUUGCCUAUUCCACACCACCAGAAGGUCCAUAGCAAAGUGUCCAAGGUGAGGCCUGCCUCCCCUCUCACCCCCUACUUGGGCCUCAGUCUGGAUCUGCAGAUGCAGUUGGAGCAGCUCAGAGAGGAGAUGACCAUGGCCUUGGACCCACCGUCGUCCCAUCUCCAGGUCCCACUUUGGCUGCAGAAACAGCCCAAGGAUCCUCUCUCAAAUCUCAAGGGCUUCUUUCCUGCCACUGUGCAGUCCCACAAGUACUGCCCACGACCCAUUAGUUUCCCUGGCUGUGUGCCCAACUCCGUGGUGCUUCAGCAGAUGUGGCCGUCCACAAAGAUCAGCCAUCUUGAACCUCUGACCACGCUCCCCUUCUAUACUGAGAACAGACUCAAGCCAGAUGCAAGCCUGGAUGACCUAUGGCUACAGCGCCACAGGUGGUCCAAGUGGCACAGUAGGCUGAUGCAGUGGCUUCAUGGGAAGUCUGAGGAGGAAGAGGAAGAAGAGGAGGAGGAGGAGAAGGAACUGAAAGUGGACUGGAUCUCAGCUUCUCUGAGUUCACCCAGGAUGUAUUCUGACCAACAGUUAGAUUACUGGGAGGCAGAGGCUGGGAGUGCCAUGGACUUGACUGGCGUGUCCCAGAGCUUCCACGAGGCCCCCAGGACCAAAAUCUACUUUGGCUCCCAGUACCACCAGGGGCAUUCACUCUGGGAAGAGCGCUAUGGGCAUCUGCCCAGGUUCCUGCACUCUUUCGUCAUCCAGAACUGGUUCAAAAAGCUGUUCCCCAUCUUCACCCUGGAGGCCUACCCUGAGAUGGGCACAGUGGAGGGCCUGGCCUCCAUGUUGGUGGACCUGCUGGCAGAGGCCACCUGGGAAGACCGUGUGCAUAUCCUAAAUGCACUGCUGAGACUGCUGCCUGAUGUGAGCAGUGACCUCCAUAGUCGGCUGCAGAGCAACCUCUUGCACUUGCUCAACUUGGACAACCCUCCCAGCCUCCAGGACCACAUUCAGAAGCAAUUUGUGAUGCUGGCACUGCAGCUGCUGCUGGCCUGCUCCCUGGAUUCCCGUGAUGUGGUGCUAGAGCUCAUGUCCUACUUCCUCUACUCUCCAGCUUCCGACCGGCCAGAGCUCAAGAAGCUGCUGAAUGGUCUGGGCCUCCGGGACCCAGAGGGCUUCCUGUUCAAGGAGAUGAUGACCUGGGUCCAGGGCUCCAAACUUAAUUCCAAGGCCAAGCUGCGCUUACACUGCUGCCAGAAGCUGGAGGGUAUAAUCCAGCAGCUGAAGGUCUGGUGCACAUGGCCUAGCUGUGCUUCUCCAGAGGCAGCCCUGGGGUCCCCUGGGCUACAGGGAUGCCUGCUUUGGCUUCCUGCUCAGGGGUGGGGCACCCUGACCCUGGGGCUGGGAAUUAGGCAAAAGGGAAUUUCUGUAGCCAAGGAGCAAGGAUGCUUCUUAGACUGGCCACUUCCUCUACAGAUGGAAACUUUACAGCCAUCUACAGCUCAGUUGUCAAUGGUGCUGCCCAAAGGCUCUGAUACCUGGCCGCCUUCCUUUCCUCCCAGGGAGGACCAGUCACAGGCUUCAGCAGUCUCAGGGGCUCCUUCGAGCAUCUUCUGGCCGCAAGCCUCUCAGGCACUCCUCCAUGUCCUGGAGCCUCCCUUGCCUGUGGUGUCCCCCACAGAAUCUAAAGCUGGAGCCCCAGAGCCCCAGGCUCACUUUUGCACUGGGCAGACCAGGCGGUCGCUCUCAGAGACGCUGAAGAGCUUCUGCUCGGUGCCUGAGCCCUCCAUGCCCACUGCACCACAUGGCCUGCCACAGCCGCUGGAAAAGACUGACUGGUGGCACUGGCAGAUGCCGGACCUGGGCUACAUCGAUGCACUCAACUACUUCUGCGAGCAGCAUCAAGUAGAGCAGCAGAGUUUGAUCCAGAAGGAAACUGAACAGCCACCCCGCUCUGCAUCCCCGCGCCCUCCUGUGCCUAACACUGUGGUGGCGCCACCCAGGGAUCAAGGGCACUACCCCAUACUUAGACUGCAGGAAGCCAAGGCUCGGAGCUCUGGGAUGAGAAUGAAGGGCCGUGUGAUGUCACAUCUCAGCAACCACUGUGCCCGUUCACUGGACGGUUCCAUCCGGGUGCUAAAGCUGCCCCUGCCAAGAGUGGAGCUGCAGCCCUUCCCCCCAGGCUGGCCCGCACCCCCUCGUGCCCUGCCCCCGUUGCUCCUGCAGCCCACCCUGCAGCGCUACUUUCUGCCCGAAGAUGCGGAUCCUGACAGCUACAGCUGACCUGGCAGGCACAGUGGGUCCUGUGUCUCAAUCCCGCCAAGCUGAAUUGCAACAACACUUGUGUCUUCUGUGUUCCCUGGCAUAGGCCUGCAUCUGGAAUAAAGUCCAGAGGCUUUGGAAAGACAA